AUGCUGCGUCAAAAGUCCAACGCCAACCUGGACGUCUCGCCCAAGUCACCGGUGCCGCAGACUCGACUUCAUACCAUCGGCACCCCCUCGAGGAGGCUAUCCGACGCCUCCGCAGCCAACACGCUGCGACCCAGUCCCACUCACCAACCCACACCUUUCAUCAUCCCCGGCCCCUCUCCCUCCCUCACCUUGGCCACGGGCGAUGAGCUCGCCCAGCAAUACGAGCUCGUCGAGCGCCUCGGCACAGGCUCUUUUGGCACUGUGUACAAGGCCGUGCACAAAGAGUCGAAGCAGAUUGUCGCCAUCAAGCAAAUUGACCUGGAGGACUCAGACGAUGACAUUAGCGAGAUCCAGAUGGAGAUUGCCCACCUCGCCGGAUGUGAUAGCGAUUACGUGACGCGUUACUACGGCUCAUUCGUGAAGGGACAUAAGCUCUGGAUCGUUCAGGAGUAUCUCGCUGGCGGGUCUUGCCUCGACUUGCUCAAGGCUGGCCCUUUCUCUGAGGCACACGUAGCGACGGUGUGCCGCGAGCUACUGCUCGGCCUUGAUUACCUGCACAGCGAAGGCAAAAUUCACCGCGACAUCAAGGCGGCGAAUGUUCUCCUCUCUGCCACGGGCAAGGUCAAGUUAGCAGACUUUGGCGUCGCAGCUCAGCUGUCGAGCAACCAGUCGAGGCGCAACACCUUCGUCGGCACUCCAUUCUGGAUGGCGCCGGAGGUCAUUCGCCAAGCAGGGUAUGAUGCCAAAGCCGACGUGUGGUCGCUCGGCAUCACGGCAAUCGAGAUGGCCAAGGGGGAGCCACCCCUUGCUGACUACCAUCCGAUGCGUGUGCUUUUCCUCAUUCCCAAGGCCAAAGCGCCCACUCUGGAAGGCUCUCAUUUCACGCGCGACUUCAAGGACUUCGUAGCUUUGUGCCUCAUCAAGGACCCAAAGCAGCGUCCCACUGUACGGGAGCUUCUGCAACAUCGUUUCAUCAAGACGGCAAGGCGCACUCACUGCCUGACGGAGCUGAUCGAGCGGCAUGCUGAGUACAAGAGCAAA